AAAGCAAAAAUGACAGAACUUGAACGCACCAUUCAGGCUCAUAAAAUAUGGCUUGUAGCUACUAGCUUCCGUCAGCUUAUCUAGUUUUGCUCACGAACAGCCGUAGGUACAUGAUGGCAUCAUUUGGGUGGAAGAGGAAAAUUGGUGAGAGGGUGUCAAAGUCAUCGGUGCAGCAGUUUGAGGCUGCGGCUGAGAAAGCUGAAGAUGAUGGGCACAGUCCGGGUGAGGAGGUGGAUUGGCUGCACGCCAUUAAAAGACGCCGGGAGAUUCUUUUGGAGGAUUGUGCUGCAAAAAGCAAGAUGCUGAAGGAUGAGGGUGCAAUGCUGGCUGAGCAGGGCAGGCACUGGGAGGCCAUUAAGAAGUGGGACGAGGCCAUUCAGCUGACUCCAGACAACCCACUACUGUAUGAAAUGAAGUCUCAGGUGCUGAGUAUUCUGCACGAAGUGUUUCCUGCUGUGAAGGCAGCAGAGAUGGCGGUGAAGUUCCGGUCUUCCUGGUGGGAAGGCUGGCGGACUCUGGGACGGGCACAGCUCAACUUAGGAGAAGUGGACCUGGCUGUAAGGUCCUUCCAAAUUGCUGUCCACCUGUGUCCAUCAGAGCGCGUCUUGUGGCAGGAGGACCUGAACUGGGCGUGGACGUUACAGAAGCAGCAUCUAGCAACCAAGGAGAAGAUAAGACAAGAGGAGGAGACCAAAGAACAGAUCCUAAAUGCUCCUGAGCUCCAGCAGGACUAUGAUUUUGAGUCGGAUGAGGUGCUAGCAGCCUGUGAGGCUGUUGCCAAGCGACAGACACACUAUGAGGAGCUGAAGAGGACAACUGUGGUCAUAGAUGCUGAGGGGAAUAUAAAAAAUGUGGUGACCGGGGAAAAUGAAUCAGAGGACACAGCAACACCCUCAAAAGAGCAAUUUGUCAAAGCAAGAGGACUUUUUUAGGAAUUAAUGGUAUUAUUUAUAAAACUGAAUGUACAAAGCUUUAGCAUAAAUCCUUCAUAUAAAAAAAAAGAUGAGAACUGAAUCAUUCUCCUGAAGUCAUGUAUGUUUUCCAUCUUUUAACAUUGGUUGUUAAUCUGCAUGUUAUACUUCUAUAUCUGUUCAGAAAGUAGCCAUUCAGUAAAGUCUGUUCUUUGCUCAGAAAGAGGCUACAUCUCCUAUUUAGUGACAAUCCACCUGGAUACUUGUGUAAAUUUACCCAACCGUUUCCUUGGAAUAAAACUUUCAGAUAACA